GCCCUGUGUUACCAGGGGCCUCAAGGCCCAGGUGAAGGGUAAGCUACAGGUGGGGACCCAAGGGGUCUCAGGCAGAGGGGGUACCCAGGCCCCUUGGGUCCCCACCUUGGAGGAGGAGGCCUGAGAACGGGCCGCCUUCUCCGCAACGCCCCGCCCCCGCAGCGCCUACGCUGCCCUCUCCUGUUGGCUCUCCAUUGGCCGCAGCGCUCGCCAAUCCAGCCCCCUGGCCGUGAAGGGGGCGUGGCCGCGCGGUGCCGGGCCCCGGGCCGCGUCUGUCGCCGCUGCGCGCUGCGGUACGGGCGGCGGGACGAUGAAGCGGGGAGCACGGCGCGUUCUGAUCCCGUUUGCUGUCCCUGCUGACACCUGAGCCGCGGCGGCGAUGCUGCUGAGACCCCUUCAGCCCACAAGUCAACCUACCUGAUUGUCAGCCAUGCCUUUAGUGAAGAGGAACAUCGAGCCCCGGCACCUGUGCCAGGGUGCCCUGCCAGAAGGAAUCACUAGUGAGCUUGAAUGUGUGACCAACAGCACGCUCGCUGCCAUCAUCCGCCAGCUAAGCAGUCUGAGCAAACAUGCAGAAGACAUAUUUGGUGAGUUAUUUAAUGAGGCUAACAACUUCUACAUCAGAGCAAAUUCCCUUCAAGACAGAAUCGAUCGGCUUGCUGUCAAAGUCACCCAGCUGGACUCCACGGUGGAGGAGGUCUCGCUACAGGAUAUCAACAUGAAGAAAGCAUUCAAAAGCUCUACCAUCCAAGACCAGCAGGUGGUUUCCAAGAACAGCAUUCCCAAUCCUGUUGCUGACAUUUACAACCAGAGUGACAAGCCUCCGCCGCUGAGCAUCCUGACACCAUACAGAGAUGACAAGAAGGAUGGGCUGAAGUUCUACACAGAUCCCUCUUACUUCUUUGACCUCUGGAAAGAAAAGAUGCUGCAGGACACAGAAGACAAGAGGAAAGAGAAACGACGUCAGAAGGAGCAAAAGCGCGUAGAUGGCACCACCCGAGAGGUGAAAAAGGUUAGAAAAGCCAGAAACAGGCGCCAGGAGUGGAAUAUGAUGGCGUAUGACAAAGAGCUUAGGCCUGACAACAGGUUGUCUCAGAGUGUGCACCAUGGAGCAUCCUCCGAGGGAUCUCUGUCCCCAGACACUAGGUCUCACACAUCCGAUGUUACCGAUUAUUCUUAUCCUGCUACUCCCAACCACGCUUUGCAAGCACAGCCAGUGACACCUUCCUACACGGCUGGUGAUGCGCCACUGCAUGGAACCACAAACCAAGGAGCUGAGCACGAGUACCGACCCUCGUCUGCCUCGGCACGGCACAUGGCCCUGAACAGACCUCAGCAGCCACCGCCCCCGCCUCCUCCCCAGGCUCCAGAGGGGUCCCAGGCCUCAACGUCAGUGGCUCCAGCCGACUAUGGGAUGCUUCCAGCACAGAUAAUUGAAUACUACAAUCCCUCAGGACCACCACCACCUCCCCCUCCACCCAUGAUUCCUUCAGCACAAACUGCCUUCGUCAGCCCUCUGCAGAUCCCUGCGCAGCCCCCAUUCCCUGCCUCAGCCGGCUCCACAUACCCUACUCCACCUCACCAGCCCUCCACUGGGCUCCUGGCCACAGCACCACCACCCCCAGGCCCCCCACCUCCUCCACCUGGUCCUCCUGGCCCCUCCUCCCUGUCAUCCUCCCCAAUGCAUGGUCCCCCUGUGGCUGAGGCAAAGCGCUCAGAGCCUGCACAGCCACCCAUAAGUGAUGCAAGAAGUGACCUCCUGGCUGCCAUCCGGAUGGGAAUCCAACUGAAAAAGGUGCAGGAGCAACGUGAGCAGGAAGCCAAGCGGGAGCCUGUCGGGAAUGACGUGGCCACGAUCUUGUCUAGACGCAUUGCUGUGGAGUACAGCGACUCAGACGAUGACUCUGAAUUUGAUGAGAACGAUUGGUCCGACUGAGUUGCAAGGGCCAGGCGGCCGGUGGAUAGCCAGGCACCAUAUGCAAGUGUGUUAGGAGCUCCAGUGAUCUCUGCACCCUCACAGUGGUAUUACCUGUAGCUUUAGUACCUUUUGUAUUAACAGUGUGAUAUUGCUUCUGCACAUCCUUCUGGAUUUGUUGAGUAUUUACUGUGUAAUACUUAAGUGCCACUAAACACAGCACACCGUGCUGCACACCAGGAAAUUCACAGUAACUAGUGCAUCAUCCUGAAGUAGCAUCUUGCUUUCCUCUCAGCUGCGAGAGUCUCCUCUCCUGUCCAUCUUGACUUGGUGGGCUUGCCACGUGUCUGUGCAGCUGCCCCAUGUCAGCUCUUUUGCAAGAUCAAUAGCUGUGUGUCUCAGUGAUGUCUUCCAACCAGUGGGUGAUAAUGCUUUCCUGUUUCUUUUCUUUGCAAAUUAAAUUCCAGAUGGACAUGGUUGUAGAGGGGGAAAGUUUAACAGAUCGGAAUGAGAUGUAUCUGUGUUUGCACACUUGGCCUGGUAGCCUCCAAGGAAAUGUGUAUGUUCAUUUGCUUUCCUUAUCUUGGCACUUACAACAGAGAGCAGAGAGCACGCAUUUUUAUGAGGGGAACCCUGUGGGUACUCAGGUGGAAAGUUCCCACUGACUUUUGCAGAUGGAACUCACUUUAGUGGCUAGCCCUGAUAGCGUGGGCACCAGUUAGCCAGGCCGUGUAUAAGCUGCAAAACUUGCAUGGUAGAGCUGCUGCAUCUGGUUCCCUCCUACUCCACCCAGUGGGAAAGGGACUACACAUUUUAUUUCCUGGGAUCCCUGCUCCUCUGUUCACCAGGGAGUGAGCAUAGUUCAGCACCUCACUCCCCUUGCUCUGAAUCAUGGAAGCUUGGGUUUAGCUGAGAGAUGCCGCCAGCUGUUCACGACCCAUGGUGCUGUGGCUGGAUUCACAUGCAGUCUCUCAAACAGGGCCACACCCCUCCUGAAGCACAGCUCUCUCUCCUCUUGUGUUGUUGGCACAUUUUAAAAUUUUAAAAGUACCUCACAAGAUAAACUUGAUUUAGCCAGUUGCCCUGGCAGAGACCCUGACUUCCCCUCUGCUGCCCUGACCCUUUUACCAAAUGGAGAUUCCACAGUCCUGGCUGAGGCAGGGGCUCAAAGUCCAGUGUCUGCUUUGCAAUUCUGCAAGGACAGCUGCUUAUUUAAAUAAGUCAUUGUGGUGUCCCCAGGUUUGGGUUAUAGGUAGGACCUUGCAGAGGGGCCAGGACACUGCCUUCCCUUAGGUGCAUAUUUAAAUGGCCUGCAGCUCUUAAUAGCUCUCACUUUUUAUGAAAAAAAAAAUUUAGAUCUGGGGUGACAUUGUUUCAGUCGAUAGGGAGUGCCUGUGGGGUAAUUAAAAGUGAGUUUUGCUCAUGAGUUUGGGGAUGUCACCCAGCCGCCCACAUCGCCUCCUGUGUGUGUGGACACCUGUCCCUUGGGCAGCUGUCCUGUAACACCUGCCAGUGGUAGGUUUUACUCAUGUCAAUCUGACACUGAAAGCCCCAUCUGCAAGCCCCUUCCCAUGCCCUGCUUUGGUAUGUGUCUGAGUGCUCUGUGCUGUCCGAUGGUCAUCCUGGAGCCUGGACACACACGGGCGUGGCUGUGACUCGCUGUCAUAUUGGUAAUCGCUGAGAAGCUUUUUUGUUUCUCUCAUUUCUGUUUUCCAAUACUGAGACCUACCAUGCUGACAUCAUUCUCAUGACUUUUACAUUUUGAGCCUUUUGUUAUCCUUCCAGUAGCUUGUCUGUGUUAUUCCUCCUGUCUCCUGCCUGCCCUGUAGAACCCCAGCAGUCACAUUGGCAGCACCCGUCUGUUUGGUAGGGUCCUCAUGCUCUCAGGGUGGAGGGAAGACAUUAAAGCUACCAGCCAUUGCCAGGAUUUCUUCUACUGAUGUCACAUCAGAAUGAAACUAGUGGCUCUUUACUCACAAAUGUCACGAGCUUAUCCAUUGUUGCUUGUCCCGUAGUUUUGCCAAGAAGUUAAUUUUAGUUUGAUUCUAUAGCUAGAGAGAAAGCUUUUGCCCAUUGCAUUCUGUAACCUUCAGAAGAAUGGGAAAUGACUAAAAUCCAAUUCAGAUUAUUUUUAGAGAUUCUUUUUGGCAAAUUUGAUUUAGUCUAAAAUUUAAAUCCAAGUUGCUUCAAUACUUUACAGAAUGAGAACAAAGUAAAAAAAGUUUAGAUUUUCGAUUUUCAUAUUCUAAAAAAGUAUUUACUAAAACAAAUGGAGAACAGACUUUAGUAGCAUGCUUGAUUUCUACACAUUUCAUGCUUACAUUUACAUCUACAGGUUUUAAGGUUGUUUUAUAUUAUCCCCAGUUUUAGUGUUCCGUAUGCAUUUUAGCUGAGUAUCCGAUACAGUAUUUUCUCAUGGUAUAGACUCAGCCAGAUGGAUAGCUGGAGGGGUGGCUGGCUGACUGGCUGACUGGCUGGCUGGAUGAGUGGGUAGGUAGUUAUGUGGAUGGCUGGGUAGAUGGACAGAUGGAUGAGUGGAUGGGUGGGCUGGUGGGUGGGUAGGUGAAUGGAUGAUAGGUAGGUUGAGUGGGUGGAUGAGUAAAUGAAUAGGAGUGGGUGGUGGGUGGAUAUAUGGAUGAGUGGAUGGGUGGGUGGAUUGGUGAUAGAUGAAUGGGUGAGUGGAUGGAUGAUAGGUUGGUGGGUGGUUAGGUGAAUAAGUGAAUAGAUAGAUAUAUAGGUCAAUGAGUGGAUUGGGAAGUAGGUGGCUGAAUGGAUGGUAAAUAGAUGGAUCGAUUGCAGAUAAAUGCAUGAAUGGAUGGAUGCAUACAUGCACGCCUGGAUGGAUAGGCGGAUAGAAGAUGCCUGAGUCUGCACAUAACUGCACUGAGAAGGCAAGUGAGUGUACUAUUAGCACCUAACCCCAAGCUUCAGUACUUAGGUUUUAUUUACUAAGACACUAUUAGAAGAUGGAUGUUUUCAUCCCAGUACAUUUUUUAACACAUCAAGUCAUUUAUGAGCAUAGUAUGAUGAGGGGUGUGAAAGCUUUGUAAUAUUUUCAGCAGAAAUGUGUGAUACAUUUGAAUCCAUUGAAGUCUGGAGGGAGUGUGUCAGCCAGAGUAGCAGGGUGGUUUUGUUUGUUUGUUUGUUUGUUUUAUGAAGGACAGUAUCUGUUAUCUUGCAGUAUUAUCAAUGCAGUUGUAAAUUGAAUCUAAAGUGGUAUUAAAAACUGUCAAACAAUUUUUAAUCUGUUUGUAUAUCUUACUAUAGAUCACAAGUAACAUCUAAAUAAAAUUACACGUGUAACCCUA